AUGUCUUCCGCGAAUGGCGAUCAACAGCCAGUGAAGCUUUCACUGCCUCUAAAAUACCAGCAGGAGAUCUUCCAAGAACUUCGUCAAAAGGAUGAGCUCGUCAUUAUUGCCCGCGGUCUUGGCCUCUUGCGCCUUAUAACGAACCUCCUCCAUUCCUACGAUGCGGCUGGGAACAACCUCAUAAUCCUCGUUGGAGCAGACGAAAGAGAGAAUGGGUGGAUUGGGGAAGCUCUGGCGGAGCAUGCUGCCAUCAGUAUGUCUCCUAGAGCUAGAGGCCUCAGCGUGGUGAAUACCGAAAAUAUGAGCGUCGGCACGCGAGAGAAAAUGUACAGCCAAGGGGGAAUCUACAGUGUCACUUCACGGAUCCUGGUGGUCGACCUCUUGACAAGCCUAUUGAAUCCCGAAACGAUUACUGGAGUGGUGGUGCUCCACGCCGAGAGAAUUGUCGCCACAUCUUUGGAGGCAUUCAUCCUCAGGAUCUACAGGCAAAAGAACAAGGUUGGCUUCCUUAAAGCCUUUUCGGAUAGCCCCGAGCCUUUUACUACCGGAUUUGCUCCCUUAUCUUCAAUGAUGCGGAACCUGUUCUUAAGGAACGCCUCUUUGUGGCCGCGAUUUCAAGUGGUGGUGGCCCAGGCACUAGAAGGCAAGAAAAAGGCAGAAGUCAUUGAGUUAGAGGUACCAAUGUCCGAGUCAAUGUGUGACAUUCAAACCGCCAUCAUGGAAUGUGUCGAGGUCAGUAUUGGAGAACUCAAAAAGAGCAACUCGGGACUCGAGAUGGAAGACUGGAACCUCGAUAGUGCUCUUCACAAGCAGUUCGACAUGGUUGUCAGGAGACAGCUAGAUCCAGUUUGGCAUCGAGUAAGCUGGAAGACCAAACAGAUUGUCAAUGAUUUGACUGUUCUACGAGGCAUGCUGCAUACUCUACUGACAUACGAUUCUGUCUCUUUCAACCGGCACCUGGACACAAUUUUAGCUGCUCAUUCUCCACCGCCUGGGUCCACAAGACAGAACCAGUCACCAUGGCUGUUUCUUGAUGCUGCUCAUACAAUAUUCGACACUGCCAAGCGAAGAGUCUAUACUGGCAAAGCAUCCGGGACAGAGAACCUCGAAACGUUACGAACUGUUCUCGAAGAACAACCCAAGUGGGCUGUGUUGGCGGAAGUCUUAGAAGAGAUUGACCGAGACCUGUACUUUAACCCCGUUGUCCGGGACGACUCAAACGGGACGAUCUUGAUUAUGUGUAGUGAUACAGCACAGUGCCGGCAACUCAAGGAAUACCUGCAAAAUAUGCAUGUCCGACCAGACACAGUCGGCCAGGACGACGAGGACGAUGAAGAGCAUGAGCCCUCUGCUGCUUUCAUGAUGAGAAGAAAGCUCAGGGCUUACUUGAAAUGGAAGAAUGAAUUCGCAAAGAUCAGCGCGGCUCUAUUCACCGAGAACCAAAAGGUUUUGGAUGGCACUGCCAAUCAAAAGGGUGCAAAUACUAGUUUCCGAGGGAAGGCUCCUUCUAAUAAGAGGCGCCGAGUGAGAGGAGGAGGUAAUACUGGUUCGGCCCCAUCGAGGGCAGCAAAUGGAAGCAUCCAAGCAGCAGAGGACAAGCCUCUAGAAGUUGCUACGUUAAUGUCUGAAAUCCAACCCACAGAGAUGGAGGCUGCGCAAAAGGAGGAUAUCGUAGCAGACCCCUUGGACGAUAUGGAAGACUAUUACCAAUUAUACGAUACCAAGGAUCUCGUUGUUAUACAUGCAUAUGAUGGAGACAUGGAUGAGCAUGUGCUCGAAGAGGUUAAGCCUCGCUACAUAAUUAUGUACGAGCCAGAUACAUCAUUCGUACGCAGAGUCGAGGUCUACCGCUCCUCGCACAACGACCGAAAUGUACGAGUCUACUUCCUGUAUUACGGUGGCUCUGUAGAAGAGCAGCGCUAUCUCUCCUCCGUCCGCCGAGAAAAGGAUGCCUUCACCAAACUCAUCAAAGAGAAAUCCAACAUGUCCAUCGUCAUGACUACCGACGCCCAUGGCGUCGAAGACCCGCAAGAAGCCUUCCUCCGCACCAUAAACACCCGCAUAGCAGGUGGUGGCCGCUUAGCAGCCACCGCUCAACCCCCUCGCGUUGUUGUCGACGUCCGCGAGUUUCGCUCCUCGCUACCCUCUCUGCUGCACGGUCGAUCCAUGGUCGUAGUGCCUUGUAUGCUUACAGUCGGCGACUACAUCCUCUCGCCCAGCAUCUGUGUGGAGCGCAAGUCCAUCAAGGACUUGAUUUCCUCCUUCAAGGACGGCCGUCUGUAUACACAAGCCGAGACCAUGCAACUUCACUACAAAUCCCCUAUGCUGCUCAUCGAAUUCGACCAGAAUAAAUCCUUCACUCUCGAGCCCUUUGCGGAUCUAUCGGGGUCCUUAAACUCCGUGUCGGCCACCAACGCAACUUCAGACCUGCAAUCCAAACUCGUCCUCCUCACCCUAGCCUUCCCCCGCCUCCGCAUCAUCUGGUCCUCCUCUCCAUAUCAAACGGCCGAGAUCUUCGAGUCGCUCAAAACCCAAGAACCAGAACCCGACCCCAUUGCAGCUGUCCGCAUCGGGCUUGAAGGCGGCCAGAAGGCAGAAGAUCAGAGCUUCAACCGCGAGCCGCAAGAUAUGUUGCGCACGGUGCCGGGUGUGACGGGCAAGAACCUCAAGAAUCUUGUGGUGGAGAUGGAGAGCUUGAGGGAAGUGGCUAAUGCGACUGUGGAGGAGCUGGAGCCGGCUGUGGGGAAGGAGGCUGGGAGGCAGAUUUGGAGGUUCUUCAAUAAGAGUGUGCUGGAUGAUGAUUGA